UAACGUUAGCGUUAACACGGAACAGACAUGCAACAGAAGAAGGACUUGGAAAAGCAGGAGGUCAUUGAGACAUCUUCGGCCAUGGACCAAGUCAAGCCCUGCUGUCACGGCCGGUCUCGAUCAGUUUUAAGAAUACUCAUUAGUGCGCAUGGAACGACGAACCUAAAUUUAAACCAGGAACAGCUUGCAAGGACCUCAUCACCAACAGCUUCCUCCGUCAUCCAUCCAAUUGGUCAGGGACAUCAUCAGAAGAAAUGCCAUAAAGACACUCAAGAACGUGGCUCUCAAGAAAAUGAGAAGAUGCAGGAGACCGUCAUACAGACUCAAACCAACCACAUGGAAAUAGGCAGGAAGGAAUCUGAGAGUCCUUUCCAACAGAAGGAACAAAGCCUUUUGAGAAGCUCUCUAUUGAGACCUCUAUUGAUCUUGUUCAUCAUUUUGAAAGUAAUUGCUAUUUUCGUGAUUGCCAGCCAGUAUGUUUACUUGGAAUUAGGACGUAUCUCAAGGUCAUGGGAUCUUGAAAAAUGCAGGAAUGGCUUUGUGAAACUGCGCUUUGUUGGAAUGUACAAUCCACCCGUUUGAACAAAUGAACCCAUACUGACUUCAGCACUCAAUAAAGAAUUUCA